AUGGCCGUCAAGGGCAUCCAGCUGCUUCAGCGCUUUGAGCACGUUACCGGUGCACGACAGCGGUAUCUCUCCGAAGUGCAGCGUCGUGAAGAAGUGCUGGGCGACAUCCUCAAUCGCCUGGGCGUUGAUGAAGAGGAGACCUCGGAGCAAUUUCUGGCCCAGUUUCAGAAGUUGCAGGAUGAUGUGGCGGCGGAGUCAGCGCGCUGCACUCGAGCCACGCAACGCAUUGCGGCUCUGCAAGACGAGAAUGAAGACAUGAAGCACGAAGUGCGCAUGCUCGUGGACCGCCGUCUCCUGGCCGAGCAGCAACACCAGGAACUCCUUGCCAUUCUUCAGGAUGUGUACCAGACCAUCAAGAUGGACGAGGGCGCAGACGCUCAUCUGACGGAGAACAUCACCACGAGCUUUGUCCAGCUUGAACGCUCUUCCCGCAACUUUCAGGAGCGCCGCAACUCUCACUUGCACACCCAACGCCUUUCUCAACUCGUUGAGAUUGAUACAGACGAUGACUACACCCGCCCCGGCACACCAGAAUCCAGUGCCGCGACACCUACCGGCGGCACCCGCUGCCCUCACUCGCCUCAGCCGGCACAGCGCUACAAUCUCAUCACCUCCUCUGUUGUUCCACGCGACCUCUCGGAGCCUCCGAGCGACGAGGAGCCGGAAAUCGAGGACGACCGUGCAGACAACGCCUUGUCUCACGCGCCACUCCAAGUGCGGAGUCUCGACUUUUCCGAACCAGAUCACGUUGAUGCCCCGCACGCGCGCCGCCGCCCACCGCAACGCCGACCCUCAACCAUCAGCACGCGCACGCUCACGGCUGCCUCCUCGUCAGCCUCUCUGUGCUCGGUUCAAACCCUGUGUGCCGCUCCGUCAGCCCCACUUUCACCGGAGAAGCCCGUGUCAUCAAGCCGAACCAAACACUCUGGCGAGCACCGUGAGGAACCCGACAUCAACGCCACGGUGGACGAGACCAUUGAAGCUAGCACGCUGGAGGAUGGCCCUCAGGCUCGACCCAUUCAAUUGAAAAAUCUGGCACCAGAACACGUGGAGGAGCACUACCGCGCCCGCCAGCGCCGCCGCACUCGCCUGCACGACGUUGUCAAGCACAAGUGCCCAGGCCGCAAGCGCACCUGUGACCAGUGCCAUACCAAAAUGUCCCGUGGAGGGGAGCACUUUCGUUGCCAACAAUGCGCGUCGCACUUCUGUGGAGCUUGCCAACGCAUUGGCAUUGCAGCCACGUGCGUACCUCCCCCAUACUGGGAUACCAAGGCGGCGAAGAAACGUGCUCCUGUACCUUUUGGACGCAACCUUGAGAACGACAUUUUUGAGGGCUUGCAAUACGGCCGCAAUCGCCUGUUGAUGCCCAACCUCAUCUUUCAAUGCAUCAAGGAGCUGGAUAUCCGCGUGCCUCGCCUCAAGGACACGGCGGAAGGCAUUUUUCGCAAGCCUGGCUCCGAAUCAAGUGUGCAGCGCCUCUUUGCGGCCUACGCAGACGGUGGCAACCCGUGGCUGCGAGACGAAGACGUGGAUGAUGUGGCUUCCACGCUCAAGGCAUAUCUCAAGGGUUUGGACGAGCCCCUGCUGACGUUUCAGUACUACGAACAAUUCAUAGCCUUGGGGCGCCAGUACCAAAACGAGGGCUUUGAGGCCGUUCAAGGCCCGCUUGAGACGUUGGUCGGCCAACUACCGGCGUUGCACUUUUUCUCGCUGUGGUAUCUCAUGCGACUCCUCCAUCGCUUCUGCAAGCACGCGCACAAUACGAAGAUGGGCCCGAGCCAAUACGGCGUUUGCUUUGGGCCCACCCUCCUGCGCGCCCAACGUCCCGAGCAGGAAGCUCUUGACAUUGCCUCGGGUGCCACGGCCAAGGUCAUCGAGGCUCUCAUCCUGCUGCCCAAGCGAGCCUGGCAGCGCUUGCAUGAAGAGUUUCUGAAUCGCAGCCAGCUGGCAUUGGACAUCAGCCCCGUACCGACGAAAAAGCAAAACAUCAGCCUACUUCUGACACUGACGACACCCAGCUCGCUGCUGGUGCUCAACACUGAUGGCAGCAUCGCCGACCUCCGGGCUCGCACGGCCAACCCGGGCAAUUGGAGUUUUGUUCUCGAUGCACAUCGGCCCAUCUUUACUUUCCUGGCGUCGGGCGUCGAACCAACGGGACCCACAAGUAACAUAUCGGCACGAGACUGCAAGGCCUGGCCGCCCGAACUUGUCAAUGCCACGCAAGCCAGAGUGCGCUUCCUGUGUCCCUCCACGCUUGUACCUGCAGCUGCGUUCGACAUCACUGUCUCCGUCCAGGCUGAUCAAGAGCGCGAUCAGUUCCUUUUUGGUCUGGAACUCAACAUCAAUGCCACCAAUGCCUCAGUGGUCCUCAGUGCCCUCGAGUUUCCCCUCUUGACCAUGGCUGCCAUCCGUGACGAGAUGUUGCUGUCUGAGGACAACAUUGUUAUGCCUUAUGCUGGCGGAACGCGCAACAACAUGCCGGGCAUUGCUAGUGAGGCCCAAUCUCAGAUGUAUCCAGGCUACGCCUCCUUUCAAUUCUGGGCUCGGUCCGGUUUCAAAGCCCUAAAGCCUCAUCGCUUUGUGAUUUUACAUGUCAAAGAGUUUGUCUACACCAGUGCUGCUCAUGACUCGAUCAACAUAACCGUUCGCCAUCAUCGCCCAUGGAUCCCUUUUGAUGCAGCCACGCCCUUUUUGCCUUACCAAACGGCACUCCGCACGUUUUCUGGGGAUUGGAUGACAGCUGCUACAUUGUACAAGGCCUGGGCAGGCCAGCAAUGGUGGACUCGCACCCCUUUGACGAGGCGUACAGAUAUCCCCUCCUUUCUCCUCAAUGGCACGGGCGUCUGGAUAAGUGGUAUCAAUUCGCAGUCAGGUUUUAAUCCCAACCGGUGGGAGCACGACGGAACGUGGGCUGGAAUUGAUUACCUGCCCCCGCAACCAUCCGCAGACGCUUGGCAAAACGCAACGCAGCAACUCCUGGCUCAGAGCUCCAAUGGACCAGCAUUCAACCACACGACGCAAAUGCUGGCGCACCAGAGCAUGCUUGUUCGCAACAACGAUCAAACUUUGGCGGCAGUGGAUGCCUACAACGAGCCCGAGGGGCCACAGGGCUGGCGAGGAUACUCCACGCGCCUUUGCCACGGAUCGCGUGAGGCCCAAACGGUGCUUGGCGCCAUCUUCCACCAGGUCAGUGCUCUCAACGUUUCGUUAAUAUCAUUUGAUCAAGAAAUAGGGGGUGGCGCACGCUACCCCUGCUACGCCAACAAUCACGGGCAUGCCCUGGGGUGGGGCCCCUGGAUGUAUCACGAAUUUGCCCAACUUGUCCAGGAAAUCAAGGCCAAUGCGACACACCAAGGCAUCAUGACGGAACAAGUCUCCGAGCUGACGAUACCAUUGAUGGCCACUUACUGGUCUCGACAGUUUGCGCAACAGCACUAUUUCUUUUUCCGAGGGUAUGGUGAGCCCAUCUUCAAUUUUUUGUAUCAUGAGUUUGUCACUACGAUUGGUGCAGCCGAGGUCCAAGGACAAGGCGAAGUGGCCCAGUACCGCAGCGUUGUGCUACGCCGAGCGGUCAUCGGCGACUGCGUGGCACGAGGCAUGUUGCAAGGGCCUUUUGAUAGCGACGUCAGCCUGGCACCUGUACCGGGCUCCUUCAGUCAAAAUAUCAGCAUGCUCUUUUUCAACAUUUCGGCCACCUACAGCCACUACGCUGAGUAUGUGACGUUGGGACAGAUGGUGCGGCCCCCAAUCAGUCGCAACCCCGUUGAUCUCACGACCACUUUGGUGUGGAAGCGGGGCAACGGCUCAUUCGUUCGGGAGGCUGUCAACACUUCUGCACUGCGCCUGGGUGCCUUCAUGGCGCCUGAAGGAACUGUGGGCAUACUGAUUGUCAAUAUUGAUGACGUGACGCAUUCAGUUACGUUGGAUAUUACCCAGACCUGGAAGCCACCGCCCAACGCAACAGUGAUGAUAUACGAUGAGCAGUGUCGCCCCAUGGGUACAGCAAAGGUGGAACAGAGCGGCAGCACUGUGCAGUUGGUGGUGCCAGGUCUUCGUUUGCGUUUCCUCGCGCUUUCGCCACCGUCAUGUGCACAAUGA